AUGUCCGUUAUCGUCCCUCAGACGUCUUAUGCAGGCGGCAUAGACGACGAGUUAGCUGCUCUUGCGCUGCAGUUAGAGGAGCUUGGUGUUUACUCGGAGGCUAAGAAAGGAAAGCAUCCUAUUGAUCAGCCACCAGACAUGGACGUUGCCUACAGCAAAUUUCAGAUUGAAUUGCAAGCUUAUGAGGACUUUCUUGCGGACCAGAAGCUUGCCCAGAGCAUUGGUGCGGCUGUGCACUCCGAUAGCGUCGUGAUUGAGGAUCUCACUUCCCAAGACGUUCAGGCUCACGAGGACCGUCGUUUCGCUUUGGAGCUGAGCAACAACGACCCUGAGAUUGAGGCCCCGCCCUCGUCCGUGCACGACCAUCUUCAAGGUGAAGUCCACGACUGGAUGUCCACAGUGUCUGGUAAUAUCGCUGCUGCUUCGGUCGUCGAAUUCUCAGAUGACGAGACCGAAGCUGGACCGGCUAUGUCCUACGUGGAGCGCCAGGCCGAUACCAUCAAGAAACUCUCUACAGAGUUCAAAUGUUGUACUUGUUACGACCGAUUCCCUCGUGCCUCUAUGGUAACAGCAAAAUGUGGCGACCGCUACUGUAUUGAUUGCAUGAAGGGUCUGUUCAUACGGUCGACAAAAGAUGAGAGCCUUUACCCCCCCAGAUGUUGCAAGCAAAAGAUUCCGCUUGAUCUGAUUGCAAGGCACAUGGAGCCAAACGAACUGGCCACCUUCGAACUGGCGAUUAUGGAAUAUGCCACCCAAAAGAAGACGUACUGCAGCAACCCCGACUGUGCCACCUUUAUCGUCCCGGAUCGUAUCGAACCUGCGGCUGCAAUCACAUUACAUGUCGAUGUGGCGCUGAGUUCUGUUAUAUCUGUGGUGUUCGUUGGAAGGAGUGUACUUGCGCCACCGCAGAUCUUCAUCGCAUUGAAGAGCGCGCCGAAGAGAUCGUGGACCGAGACGCCCCGAACUUACUUCCCCAAGAAAGGCGCCAGCGUGUUGACAGAGUCUUCGCCGAGUUACAAGACAGGCAUGAAUGCGAGCAUUCUCGGCGCUUUGAGCGCGUCUUUUAUGGAGCGCCCAGAAGAGGCUUCCGAUGCGAGAUGUGUGACGCGCGCCAUCAUAAGUACAUCCUGCGAUGUCGCUAUUGCUAUGUCGAUGUCUGCGAAGAUUGUCGUCGCAACCGCAUCUGAUAAUGGGUUUGACUCGUCGGAGGCCGUUUCUGUCAGAUGUCACUUCGCUCUCUACGCUGACAUUUCCGCUCCUUCGAUGUUGACUUCCAUAUGA